AUCAAAGUGCGUUAGACUGUCGCAGAACGAAGUAUUUCUGAUUUUUAUACUGCUGAUCCGGGGUAUUUCUCCCCAAAAUGUAUACUAGGAUAAAGCAGAUGGCGUUCGUUCUCAGGGCACAAAUUCACGACCCUUUGAGAACAAAGGCAUGUCCAGCCUUCUACUAUCUGUAGUCACUGGUUACAGCUCGAAAGAUCGGAGUUGGAGGGCCUGGUGACAAUCAUCCAUCAUAAAGAGCACAAUACAUGGGCCUGGUAAAUGGCGUUUAUAAUUGGAGCUCUGUGAAAGCAUUAUACUUUAUCGUCCUCUCGAUGAACCUAGCUGGAAUAGUCGCUCUUGUACUCGCCAUUCUGUGGGCCAUUAGGUUUGAAAGAGGCUUUGGUGAUUACUUGAACCUCCUCAGUCCCGGUGACGGUCACGUCUGGACAACGGUGAUCAUCUCAGCCGCGAUAUUCUGCUCCCCCGCUUACUACCUGGGCGUGAAAUCAUGGCUGUACUUGAAGUUAGAACCCACCAGAAGCGAUCUCGAAGGUCAGUCCACCGUGGACAAUACCAUGGAGCCGCAGGAGGUGAAUCGGCUUCUGUUCUUCCACGUUGUAGCCUGUCUGUUGUCCGGAUUCCUGGUGGCGAUCUUGAACGCAACCUACUUGCUCCUACUGAGCGGUUUUCAUCAGAAGAGCCGCGACGGAUUGAUAGAGGCGAUAGAGAAAUAUGGCACCGAUGUUGCAGUUAAAGCACGAGUGGACGCUGUUCAGAAUGAACUCGAAUGCUGUGGAGAUAACAGCUACGAGGAUUGGUUCCGCGUGCCCUGGCUUAAGUUGGCGAUGGAAGGACCCGAGGAGGAAGAGAAAGGUCCUCGACUGGAAGAGCAGCCAGUGCCAGAGGACAGAGAAGAAGAAUCACCGAUACCUGCGGACGUACCUUUUUCAUGCUGCUCAAACGACAUUCCAAAACCCUGUGUUCAUCAUGACAUCUUAAACCCGAGCGCAGUAUAUGAUUAUAACCCAAAGCAAUUGACCAUUACUACUCUUGGUUGUCGAUCAAAGAUCAUCAACCGAGGUGAAAUCAUUAGAACAUUCUUGGCCAGGUAUCUGGCUCUUUUAUCCGUGUAUCAGAUAGUAUUAUCUAUCAUGUCCCGUUUGCUACAAACUGCCCAUAGUAAUGAAUUCUAUGUAGGACCUCAGAAGAGCCGUUAUUAUGUAUGGAUAUUCCAUAAACCUGAACAGGUAUCUCAAACAAAGGACAGUUUAAUAUCAAGAGAAAAAAGCGAGCCUUUACGAAAACGACGUUCGAAUCAGAGACUAUCCUCUUCAUCUUCUUCUUCGGAAAGCUUGGAAGCAGAAGAAUCAGAGAUUCCUAUAAAACGUUACAGAAACAGGGCGAAUAGUAUGAAACUAUUGAGGAAGAUUCGUUCGAAAAUCUCCUCUGUUAAAUCCAAGAGUGUUCCUCUGAUAAAGCGUUCAGUUUUAUUCUCCAAGAAAAGAAGAAAAGAGAGGUAUCAAUCAGAAGAGGAGGAAGAUGAAGAGACGAACCAGGAAGAGAACAGACUCCUUGCUAAGAAUUUAACAAAAUCUGAAGUUAUCGUUAAGCAAAAUAGCCGUCACACUGACUCUCCAUCAGCCAACUCCGUUUCCAUAGAUCUACCACCUCCACCUCCGCCUCCGCCAUUUGUGGCCCUUAAUUUGGAGGCAGAAAAAGAUAGAAUUGCCUCAUCUAAACCUUUUCGAACAGGCAUGAAUAUUAACAGUCCAUUGAGCAGGAGUAUUAUUAAGAACCAGAACUCUGGUAGGCGCGUCAAAGUGUUAGAGAAAUUUGGUCAAAUCUGGGAACCUAGUCAUCAAGGUACACAGCGCAGGGAGAGUGGAGGAGCCGAUGAUUCGAACGAUAGUAGAAGAAGUUCAAGAUCAAAUUGUUCGAGAACUCAUCCAAAAUUGAGCUCAACAGACGUUUACAAUAGAUUCCGUGGAACUCUUCAGCACACUUUGGCCAGACGAGAAGCCAUUCACAAUCAAAGGCACUACCCCCAAAAUUUGGACAUCAGAAAAAGUAACCUUCUGGCGAAGUUGAGGUGCAACAACGUUCCACCUUGUUAUCGUCUGCUGGCAAAUGUCGAGGUUCAAAAAAGGGUCUUGCAGACGUAUCCAACGCCUCCACCUCCUCCUCCAAUACCAUCCGAUACUUGUACUAAGCCAGACUUACCGAUGACACGUAGAACAAAGACACUGAAACGACGACAAUGCAGUAUUUGCAAUCGUCCUGUUCAGCAAACCUCAGACUCUUCCAGCGAGUCUUUGAUGGAUCAUGGCACUUGAGCAUUUUCCACUGGAUGUUAAAAAGGAACGAUUUGCGAGCCAGAGGAGGAAGAGAAGCAUUUAAGAGAGUAUUAUAUGAAGUCGUCGAUACCUCCUCAACAUCGAUGACUAUUUGCUCCUGCAAAAUAUAUAUACGUCUGUAUCAGUAAAGAUUUUUAUUAAAUAUAAAGAGAAAGGAAGUUGGCUUUGAUGGAAAUGGAUUAACAAAGAUCAGAUGUAAAAAUGUACAUGUAUAGAAAAAAUAAUACCUGUUGAAGUGGACACCAACGACGCAAUCGUACAAUACUUGAUGGUUUUAUUUGCCGAGAAGUAAAAUACACAGGCAUUUGUUAUAAUAAUGGUACUGCCGAAGAAUACUUCUUACGUCUUUGUAAUACAUCUAGCGACAAUACAUCGGUACUAAAAAGAGAGAAGCUUAUUUUUUUUUCAUCAAAUUUUUUUUUCUGUUUACCAAAUACUUUACAAUGUUCACAUACUAUCUGUCUCUCCCUCUCUAUAUGUGUCUCUCCCCUUGUAUAUCUUUGAUUUUUUUUUUUUUUUUUUUUCAUCAAGCUUUAAAUAUUACCCUAAAAUCCUCCUGACUCGUCGCAAUUCUUUUUUACUUCAUUUGUCAAACUAUAUAUUAGAUAGCAAUCGAGACGAGCUUCGAGAAGAAAGUCAUCAUCGUUUUGCCAUCGUUUAUCACGACACCUUGCACUUUUGCACGGUGGUCCCAAUUGUGUUCAAUCAUCAUACUUAUUGCGUUAGUUCGAUACACAGUACGCUACGCAAUACUCAUCAGGGGAUAAUCAAAAGUUGAAUUAUUUUUCUCAACUUGAACUCGAGAGAAAUCGCACGUUACAACCCCACCCAACUCUACCGUCAAGAAAAUUAUCAACGCGUUGAAUAAUGAAUUUUAAUUAAAGAAUACUGGUCUCUUACGUACGAUCUAUCUCGAGCGAUUUUUUCUUCAUCUUAAAUUCCCCUUAAAAAAACCAUCUAUCAACCAUACGGCCUAAUUUCAUCUGUUAUAUCACACGCUCAUUUUCAUUCACACCGUGGACUCCUUAACACCAUCUCCGCUCUGCUAAUUUCAUCUAAUCGGUCUCUAUCUAACGCGUGUCUAUCUACAAUAUAUCUGGCGUGUGUUUCUAUACAAUUCAUCGUCUGUUGUUCGUUUCUGCGAAUAGGUAUUUAAAAGUACGCGUGUACAACACAGAUCAAAUAGAUUUUUGAUAUGAGUUAAUUGUAUAAUAACUCGUCUCAGAUACGAGGUAUUCGAUCUUGUAAAAUAAGUACACGAUGUAGAAUCUUCGAUAUAGGCUGGUGAUUAAUAGUAAACGACGAAUAGUAACAAUACGAUAUUGCUCGAUCCCGUGUCGUGUAUUAAUAUUUAUACAUAUAAUAUAAUAAUAAUUAUUAUUCAUAAUUAUAACGUUAUCCGCUCUGCGAAUAUAAAGUAACGUUUCUUUCCUUGCACCCGACUCGUUCUCUCUCUCUCUCUCUCUCUCUCUCUCUCUCUCUCUCUUUCAUUGUUUCAUCUAAAGAUCUAUUUAUUUUAUUAAGAAAAAGGCUCACCGCGCUCGUUCUUUUAUAUAUGCAUGUACAUGUCUAUAUUAUAUUUAUAUAUUUAUAAUCGUCUGUAUAUCUUUUCCCUCUCAGCGUAAACAAUUACGAUAGGCCUAACACUUCUUUUUUUUUUU